ACCACCAUGAUGGGCUCAGGAGGUCUCGUUCUCCUUCUUGGGCUCCUGCUUCUCUCUGCUGAGCUAGCUCUGACAACAGCUGGAGGCCGGCCUGGCUAUUGCCUGCACGCGCCCAGAACUGCCACCAGCCCCUCUGGCAAGGUGAGCUGCCAAAAGUGCGCCGUUGACCUGGACUGCCCGGCGGGCAAGAAGUGCUGCGGUUCCAAAUGCGGCAACACCUGCCAGACGCCACAGCCAAACCGCUGCCAGCUUCCUCCUGAGACUGGUAUUUGCAAGGCCCGCUUUACCCGGUAUUUCUACAACUGGAGGACCAAGAGGUGUGAGACAUUCAUCUAUGGGGGCUGCCUCGGGAACCUGAACAGGUUUGAAAUGGAGCAGGAGUGUCAGCGCGCUUGUGGUGGCCAAGACACCUUGUAGAGUGGAAGCGGGAGAUGGCGAGAAGGAAGGAAGGAAGGAAGGAAGGAAGGAAGCAAGCAAGCCCUCCAGGAAGUUUUCCACACCCGGCUUUCAGCUCACCUCUCCUCCUCCAGAAUGGCGGGGGUGCAUUCACAGGGAGCACUUCAUACACAAUUUGGGUUUUUCGUUGUGCCUUUGAGUGUAGCCUGAUUUAAAUCCGGGAUUUAAAAAUCCACUUUUUGCAUUGAACUCGCAGUAAAGCCUCUCAGCCAACCCACAGUAAA